AUGUCAAAAAACAAAACUAAUAAAUAUUAUGAUUAUGAUGAUAUAUAUGAUUAUGACGAUGAAGAUUAUUAUGACGAUGAUGAUUCUUAUCCUACACCUAAGCCAAAACAGGCACCUGUAAAGAAAGCUAAUACUAGUAAUAUAAAGAUUGACAACAAUAAAAAAAAUGAUAAUAUUAUAUCUAAAAUGACAAAUGUUUCUAUAUCAAAAACUGAUUCUCAAAAAGUAUCACAAUCAUCGACUAGUAAAACGUUAACACCCAAAGAAAUUAUGUUAUCCACACAACCAAAAUACAAUAAAAAAAUUAAACAAACAAAUGAAAAAGAAACACUUAAUCUUAUUAUAGCAGGACAUGUUGAUGCUGGUAAGAGUACAAUAAUGGGUCAUUUAUUAUUUCAAUGUGGAAAUAUUGAUAAAAAAACAAUGCAUAAGUAUAAAAAAGAUUCUGAAAAAAUAGGUAAAAGUUCUUUUGCAUUUGCCUGGGCACUUGAUCAAACAACAGAGGAAAGAGAACGUGGUAUUACAAUUGGUGCAGGUAGGGCAUCUUUUCAAACUAAGUCAAAAAAUGUUAUUGUCCUUGAUGCACCUGGACAUAAAGAUUUUGUUCCUAAUAUGAUUAGUAGUGCAACACAGGCUGAUGCUGCAAUACUUGUUAUUAAUGCUACAAAAGGUGAAUUUGAAACUGGUUUGAAUGAGGGAGGACAAACUAGGGAGCAUGCUAUACUACUAGGACAUCUUGGAAUUAGUAAUUUGAUAGUUGCUGUUAAUAAACUUGAUACAGUUAAUUGGGAUGAAAUUAGAUUCAAAGAAAUUAUUAGCAUCAUAGAUGACUUUUUAAAAAAUGAUGUUAAUAUUAAAAACAUUUCUUAUAUUCCAAUUAGUGGUUUAGAAGGAAUUAAUUUAGUUGAAAAACCAAUAAAUCAUCCUUUAAGUAAAUGGUAUCAUGAUAACUCACUUUUGGAAGCAAUAGAUUCUAUUUCUGUAAAACAAAGAGAUAUUGAUAAACCAUUAAGAAUUGUUAUAAAUAGUGUAUUUAAUUCUACCUCAACAUCAGUUGUUGUUGGAGCUAAAAUUGAAUCUGGUUUUGUUGAAAAAAAUGAAAAAUUAUUUAUAAUUCCUUUAUAUUGUCAAUGUACUGUUAAAAAUAUUACAUUAGAUGAUUCCUCAUCACCAUUAAAUACUCCUGUAUUUGCUGGAGAACAAAUAAUUAUUACAUUAGCAGGAACUUUUGAAGAAAAUUCUAUUUCUAAUGGUUUUGUAUUAUGUCGAGGUGGUUCAGAAGCAUUAAUUCCAAUAUCAAAAUUUACAGCUACAAUAAAUAUUUUUGAUAUACAAACACCCAUUAUAAAAGGAACUCGUUGUGAAUUAUUUGCCCAUUCUCUUUGUGUACCAUGCAAUAUCAAAAAAUUAAAAAAGUCAAUUGAUAAAAAACAUAAUAUAGAAAAAGAGAAACCAAGGAUGUUAUUAAAAAAUAGUUUGGCAAUUGUUCAAAUUGCUACUGAUUCUCCUGUUAAUUUAGAGGAAUUUAAUAAAUGUCAGGCGUUAGGACGUUUCUCAUUACGUGCCUCUGGGCAAACUAUAGCUGCUGGUAUUAUUGAAUCUUGCAAUUAA